AUGCAUUGGUCAAAAGCAACAACAGGUGGUAUAGAUUUUAAAGGAGUUAGAUCACAUACUGCAACUGUUGUUGGAAAUCGUAUUUUUGUGUUUGGUGGUUCCGACAGAGAAGAGAAUUUCGCUGAUUUAUUAAUUUUCGAAACAGAUACAUUAUUUUGGAGUAAACCAGAUACCUAUGGACCAAAAGGAUCGAUUCCAGUUCCUCAACGUGCUCACAGUGCAACAUUGGUUGGAAGUGAAUUCGCUUCCUAUGAACUAGUGAGAAGAGGCAUGACACUACAGAGUGUCAGCCAAUCGCAAUCUUCAACAUCGACAUCAAACACCACACAAUCAUCCGCUUCCAACUCACCACUUUCCUCAUCAACCACUUCACCCGGUGCGAAAACACCUACCAAUUCAAUUCCACAAAAACCAACAGUACAAAGUACUUCGAAACCUGUAUUCUCUAAAAAAAACAAACAAAAUUGUAAUAAAACAUUGUAUAAUAAUACCUUUAUUUAA